AUGUCUGCCCACGAUCCUGCUACCACGUCCAAUCAGCCCGCCGAGCUGACCUAUCGCUCGCUCCCUAUUUUGAUCGGCUAUCUUGUCUUGUGCGCAGGUCUGGCGCUGAAUGCGUGCAGGGUCAUCUAUUCACGCUACCAAGAGCGCCAGAAGAGCAAUGACUGGGGUAGUCCACACCGGCGGGGGCACUUCUUCGUAUUCGCCGUGCUCGCACCCCUGUGUCUCGGAGUGACGUGGUUCCACAUGAUCGCGUUCUUCGUCCACUCUUACCGCAAUUGGGAACAAACCCGGUACCUGGUCGAGUAUACGGGUGUGGAGCUACCAUCUCUCGUCAAGCUGGAACUGUGGCUGCAAAAGACGAAGCUCUUUGAAGAGGCUUGGGCGACCGUGGUCGAAACAUCGCCUCGCCUGUGGUGGAGCGGGCAGAUCUUCUGGUGGUGCACCGGAUGGAGCGUUCUCCUUGGAGUUCUUGCUCGGAGGUAUCGUAUUCCUCAUAUCUGGACCUAUAUGCUUCUAGGCCAGCUGGUGGCUAUCUCUUUCGCUGCCAUCUUAGUGUUUGCUACUGUUUUGGUGUCUCAGCCCUCGUGGUCCAAACAGAGCAAGGGGAAGAAAAGCAAUGAGGAUGAUGGCCAGGCAUUAUUUGCUUGGUGCCCACCUGUCUACGCAGAGGUUUUGCCGGUCGCGAUCUCACUUCUUGGCGCAGUGUUUGUACCAUCUGUUGUGCAUUCAAAACAUUUCAUGCCGAUCCUCCUGAUUCCUCAUUUACUGCUUUUUAUCCCUGCGACGCUGCACCCGAGCCGCUCCUCAGGCAACACCAAACCUCAAGUCCAGGGACAAGUCGAAGCAGACCGAACCACUCGGAGAUACAUCGUUUUCUUCCAGUGGAUCAUCGCGGCUUGCAUUGUUCUACAUGCUCAAUGGACGUAUGUGAUGCUGCAAGACAGCGGUGCGGGCUUCCAGGCCAUAUCUUAUAUCUCUGUGGCUCGAGACUUACCGGGUGUGAUCUAUGAACAUCCCGCACAAAGCAGUGUUAGCUGGGAUGUCAUCUUCUGUACCAUAACUUCUCUUGCGUGGACUUUAGUUCAUGGGGGUAGCCCGUCUCGAAUGCUUGGUGGACAGUGA